CCUCAUGUUAAUGUCACCAUUUAUUAUCAGUGGUAGAUGAAUUGCUCAUUCGUCAUAACUGUGCAAGUGAAUGGACGACAAUAGACACCAUGGGAAAGACAUUUGGGCAAAAGCUAAAAAAAAAAAAAAAAGACUACAAUGGCAAUUUACUAUCUUUAUAUCUCCGCAUUGGAUCAUCCUUCAAACAGAGACGAAAUGAUUGAAACCAUCACCGGUUUGUUUUAGUCUGGCCUUCCUUUUGAAAAUACACAAUCCAACCUCUAAAAAGCACCCAGACCAAGGGCAGUGCACCACACAGUCCUGCCCUGUUGGCUUUCCAUCCCUUGAAAUUCACCCUUCUACUUUUAGACCAGCUUGUCCCAUAAGUGCCUCAGUUCUUUGGCCUGGCAGGCAUUCACCCUUCACAGCCACCAGGUAAAUGUGGCGGUCGGUUGGCGAGACACUAGUGCCGUGCAGGGCUUGUUGACAUUGUCAGUCAUCAUUGCCUCAAUCUCAGACAGGCUAGAGAGUGUGAGAGAGAACUGGUGCCUCUGAAGUCACUAAUUCAGCGUGUUCAGCUCCUGGCUUCCUGAUGUGGACAGGAGGCAGGCAGCACAACUCUGUUAAACAGCAGAUGUUUUACACUGCGGCCGUUACCCUCAUUUCCUGGGCGGAGAGCUCCUCGCUCUAUUAGACGAGUAACAGGAACCAGAAAAAAAAGAGAAGAGGGAGAGAGAGAAAGAGGCAGAGCGAGGGAGUGCGAGAGAAAAGUUAGCUGUGCUCAGAGCUCCCACAAAUCACUUUGUCACCAGCAAGCUCUGACAAGCACUAGGAGAGAGGGAGCGCACAAGCAGAAAGGCAGGGAGUUAUACAAAGGUGUGAAUAGGGAGUUGUGUCAGAGGAGGCUCAAGAGGGGAGGUGUGACGGAGCUGUAGAGGGCAUAAACGAGGUGACACCGAUGGAUGGAUAGAGGGAAGAGAGGACCCAGACGAGACAGCAAUCUGAUUCCCAAAACAGCGUGAGCUAAGAGGGACUGUUACUCUCGCUACUGCUGUCGUUACUGCUGCUGUGUCUGGAUGGUACACUCAUUUAAAAGGAAGGUUUGUCAAACUUAGUCUUUUGUUACUGAAGAGUAUUUCGCUGACAGAAGGAGAGUUUUGCUGUAUUUUUAUCUCCUGGUAGCUGUUCUGAUCUCAGGCUUGAGAAGAUACACUAUCGUAUUAUUGUGUUUGAGAAUGACACAGAUAGAGAGACAGCUGCUCUCUCUGUGAAGUAGGCAUGAGUCGGAGGCGUUGAAAGCAAAUUCUAGUGAACUGCAGCUGUACACAGAUCACAUGCUGUUAGUGCUAAAAAGAGGUAGUCAGAGUGGAGAGCGUACAAGUUUGUCAAAUGUUUUACUGUAGGGAAAUUUCUUUCUUUCUUCGCGACUGCAUAGGUUUGUGACUGUCUUUGAAAGUUAGUGGAAGUGAGAUCUUUAAAUACUACAUCAUACUUUCUUUUCCUUCACUGUGGAUACAAAGCCCCUGAGAGUUUUAUCUCGGCUGUAAGGGAAGCCAGAGGUCAUCUGAUCAAACUUCAAAAACUGAGAAAUAGGAAGGCCUUUUCUACACUUUCAGCACAGGACGUAUCAUCGCUAUCUUCUCUUCCCUCGAGACAUUAACAGAGGCAGUACACAUUACAUCUAUGAACAGAAUAGUCCUGAGUGAUCUUUGAAGAAACCUUGUGUGUCGAAGAGGACAGGAAGCUGUGUCCAUUGAAAAGCCUUAGCCUCGAAUGUAAGUAAGUUAAACUCUGCCAACACCACUCAUUCAUUCUGAGUGUUGUACAGCCCCCUUCAGAUUUGCUUGUCUCUGGGGACAUGUAAAGAGAGGCUUGAAAAAAUUCAGUCACAAGUUGGUGUGUGAAUACAGAACCGGCUCUGUGGAGUGUUUGAGUGUUGGUAGCUUGUUUUGGACUGAUGGGUGCUGUAGAGGUGUUCUGAGUCUUGGGGGCGCUGUCUGUGUGCAUGUUCGGAUGAGGAUUUGACAGCUCCGCUCUGGACUCACUUGAAUGUCUAGGACGUCAUUGUGUUACCUGUGUGGCUGAGUCAGAGGCUGGCUCAUCGCUCAAUGUCUGUCUGCCCACUGGGAUUCUCUCCACCUGCUUCUAUGCAAAGAAGUCACGAGUGUUAGGUGGUUUUCACAGCAGUAGCGACAGCGGUGGCACCGGAUAGUCCUGAACUUUCCACACUACUUUAAUUGUUCUGUGGUGUGUAAACACUUUGCGUCAGUCACAACUCUUCACGGAGUGAUUCACUAUUCCCUGAGCAUCCCUGGCUGGAGGCAGGCAGUGAAAGAAAAGGUGACGGAGGAUUAGCCAAGAACUAAAGCACCUAAGUGGUUACAGUCAGGUUGGUACAAUGAAGCUGGCACUGCUGAUGCUCAUGGUUGUGUACCUGGUGGGCAACGUAAGCGGUAUGUCUACAUGUAAGACGGUGGACCUGGAGAUGGUGAAGAAAAAGCGCAUCGAGGCCAUCAGGAGCCAGAUCCUCAGCAAACUGCGUUUACCUAAAGAGCCUGAACCUGAUCAGGCUGGAGAAGAGGAGGAGAUCCCGUCCACUCUGCUGUCGCUCUACAACAGCACCGAGGAGAUACUGAAGGAGCAGCAGACUCAGACCCAGAGACACAUCUCCACAGAGCAGGAGGAGGAGGAGUACUUCGCCAAGGUGCUGCACAAGUUCAGCACGACCAGAAGAAAUAACACCACCAAAAGCAUCCCGAUGUUCUUCAACAUCUCUGAGAUACGGCAAAAAGUGGGGGAGAGCCACCUGCUGACCAGUGCGGAGCUGCGGAUGUUAAUCAGACAUACUACAAUACCUUCUGAGCAGCGUGUGGAGCUGUACCGGGGUCUGGGGACCUCGCCCCGCUACCUCGCUUCCCGCUUCAUCACCAACCAGUGGAAAGGCAAAUGGUUGUCCUUCGAUGUCACUGAGACCCUGCAGGAGUGGCUCAAAGGGACCGAUGAUGAGCAGGGUUUCCAACUGCGGCUGUUCUGUGGAUGCAGCGAGAACGAGCAAAGUACUGAGAGUUGCUUCAAUUUUGAAAUAUCUGGGACCAAGGGUGUUAGAGGAGACACAGGACAAAUACAAAAGCAGAUGGAGCAACCACCCUACAUCCUGACCAUGUCCAUCCCUCAGAACACCAGCAGCGUCACCUCACGCAAAAAACGCGCCGUGACGACGUCAGCGACGCCGACGGAUACGUGUACAGCCCAGACGGAGACCUGCUGCGUGCGGAGCUUGUACAUUGACUUCAGGAAAGAUCUGGGUUGGAAGUGGAUACAUAAGCCCACAGGCUACUAUGCCAACUACUGCAUGGGGUCCUGCACCUACAUCUGGAAUGCUGAAAACAAAUAUUCUCAGAUUUUGGCCCUGUACAAGCAUCACAAUCCAGGAGCCUCUGCCCAGCCCUGCUGCGUCCCCCAGGCACUGGAGCCACUGCCAAUCCUCUACUACGUGGGCAGGCAACACAAGGUAGAGCAGCUGUCCAAUAUGAUUGUGAAGUCCUGCAAGUGUAGCUAAAGAUACAACACAGCACACCGCUCUGCCUCCCCUCAAACAUGCACACAGAUGGAAGAAGUCAUGUUUGAGACUUGAGAGAGGAGCAUUUGACAGAGAUAAAGGAGGACAAGAAUAAUGUGGACAAUGGGAACAAAAUAUUCAAAGUAGUCAGGAUCUCUGUGGUCAAGCUCCCCCCCCCCCCCCCCCGAGCUCUGCCAUUAUGAUGUUGGAGGCACACCGAACCAUGGACUUCUUAUAUUGAUAGAGAUAGAUAAUAUUUUUUAUGUGUAUAUACUUUUCCCCUGCAGUACUAAACUAUCUGUCUUGAAAUGAAUUAAUUUAUUUGUUGGAUGGACAGAUUUCUAAAGAAGUGAUACACGUGUAAAAGUGUGUCAGUUUGACAAUGGAAAAGGACAAGAGGACCAAAAUGACCUCGAUGGAAGAACAUUUGUGUUUUUACAGAUGACUGUCUGGGACAUUUCUGUUUGCCACAUCAUCUUCCUAGAGAGGUCAUAGUUAACGGUGCUAAAUCCCAGGUAUGGAAAACAGUGGCUGGUGGGGUUUUCCUGGACAAUAAUGCUGCAGGUGUUUUUGGAGAAAGCUCCAGCGUAAAGGACAGCAGACAGUCACGGGGACAGUCCGACCUGGGGAUCUCCCUCCGACUGAGAGGCUGGAACUGUCAGCCAACUGAGGAACAUUUCACAGGAAUCGUCCAUCAGUUUCACUUGCUGUUGUUUGUUUGUUCAGCCCACAUGAUUCUUUUUUUUUUUACAAUGCCUGUGUUUGUGUUCAUAAUUGAAUGUCAGCUUGUCCUUGGGCUGUUAUAGCCAUGAGUAAUAUCAGUGGUUGUAAAAGUGAUGACACCAUGUUUUUCUCCCUCUUGGGAUUUACAGCCAGCCUUUAGAUGGUGAGGGUCAGGGGAUGUGGUUGUGGUGUUGGUUUUACACAUGUUUGCUGUUUUUUUUUUACCAUAGUAAAUUAGGGGCAAUUUAUUGCCUUUUAUUUUGAAAGUUUUUACUUUAAUCUGAAGUGUGAUGCUUUUUGCACAACAAAUUAAUUCAGCUUCUAUGAUUUGUUUUAGCAAUAAAACCAGCCCAUUUUUUCAGUUUACCAUAUUUUAUAGCACACUUACCUUUUGAAAUUUGUAUCUGUAAAUAUUUUCAAAAUCUGAAAUAAACAUUGAUGUUAAAUUAU